GAAAUUAAAGGCCAUUGAAAACGCUUGAGCCGAGUAUUCACGGAGUCAAAACUCAGAACUCCGAUCGCGAUUCUCUCGACUUCGAAGCCUCGAACAUGGUUCAAAAUGGAGCAGCUCCCCCAAGAGGAAGUGCAGCAGCUGCUGCCAGCCUUAGGAGGAGGAGGACAACAAGUGGUGCGACUGCUGGAGGUGCCAGUGGGAACAUGCUGCAGUUUUACACAGAUGAUGCCCCUGGGCUCAAGAUUUCUCCCAAUGUUGUACUUGUCAUGAGCAUUGGUUUUAUAGCUUUUGUUGCCAUUCUCCAUGUCAUGGGCAAGCUCUACUUUGUCCGGAAAGAGGCCUAAAAUGGUAUACUAAAUAGGAAAGCACAGUUGAAUGUGCUUUAUUUUGUAUCUUUAAUCAACAAUUGGUUUAGAUGAUGAAGUAUAAACAUUGGUUUGUUUUAGAUGGCGGCUUAUUAUUCUGCCUUGCAAAUUGUGCAUGGUUGCGAGAAUAGCAGGUGGGUUUGGGUGAUUCAUGAAAAAUACUUCUUGUUUCAUCGUAGCACAGUGAAGCUUUCUUUCUGCAA